AUGCGUGCUGUACACAUCCUCCCGCUGCUAUGCAGCCUCAUCGAGGCCAAGAUUGACAGACAGAAGGUCGUCCGAGCCUUCAACCCCUGCCGCAAUGCCAGCGCCUCUGAGACGCCGCUGCAGGUAGGCAAUGGCAACUUUGCCUUUGGCGCCGACGUUACAGGUCUCCAGACCUUCAGCCCCUUUGCGACGAUGUCGACAUGGGGCUGGCACAAUUUCAGCCUGCCCACCACGCCUGGCCAAACUGAGAUCGAAGACUACCAUGGCACAGAGUGGUGGACGCACGGCCGAAUUGUUCAGUACAACAUGGCCAAUCCGUCAAAUAACGACAUCGCGGACUGGCUCCGCGAGAAUCCUCACCGCAUCAAUCUAGGCACCAUCGGCUUCUCCUUCUCCGAUGGUAAUAUGGCAGUCACAGAAGACGUGCUUAGCAAUAAGCAACAGACAUUAGACAUGUGGACGGGCGUCAUCCAUUCCCGCUUCACGUACAAAGACCACACCGUAAAAGUCGAAACCUGGGCCGAUCCAGCCUCAGAUAGCAUCGCCGUGUCCGUCGAGUCGGGUCUCCUCUCUUCAGGCGCCUUGUCCAUCUUCUUCGACUUCCCCUACCCGACGAACGAUAAGUUUGGCGCACCCUUUGUCGGAGCCUUCAACCUGACGGACUUGCACAAGACGUUCCUCUCGACCUCUGGCGGAGGAGGGAUCAACCAGGCCAGGAUCCAUCAUGAUCUAACCACGACGCAGUACGACUUGGCACUCGAGUGGGAUGUUGCGGGUGGUAGCGGCGCUAUCAAGAAACCCACUGACGGGAGCCAUCGAUAUGUUCUCUCAACUAGUGGGACGAAUACGCUGCGGUUCACAGCCAACUUUGCGCCUUCUACACCCAAGUCUCGGCCCAGAUAUUACGAUGUCGUGGCGGCUUCGCGGGAAUGGUGGCCGUCAUAUUGGUCCAAGGGGGCCUUCAUAGACUUGACGGGCACCGCAGAUGCAAACGCGACUGAGCUUCAACGUCGAACGAUUCAGUCUCAGUAUCUCGUAGUAGUAAACUCGGCGUCAUAUUACCCCCCGCAGGAAUCCGGUCUUGUAAACAAUGGAUGGUUCGGCAAGUUCCAUAUGGAAAUGAUCCUCUGGCACACCCUCCAAUUCGCCCGCUGGAAUAAUCACGCCCUCCUCGCCCGCUCCCUCCCGCAAACCUACACCCACCUGCUCCCCUCCUCCCUCACCCGCGCCUCAACGCAGGGCUACGCCGGCGCCCGCUGGGGGAAGAUGACGGACCCCUCGACUAUCGACGCCCCCGGCGAGAUUAACACCCUUCUGAUAUGGCAGCAGUCGCACCCCAUGUACUUCGCCGAGCUCGCGUACCGCCAUGCGCCUAACCCGGAAACCCUGGCCGAGUGGGACGACGUCCUCACGGCGACGGCGGACUUCAUGGCCUCGUACGCCUUCUUGAACGAGACGACGGGCGUCUACGACCUCGGUCCGCCAAUGUACCCCGUCUCGGAGAACACGAACCCCAACGCCACUGUCAACCCGACGUUUGAGCUCGCGUACUGGCGUUUCGGACUCGACGUGGCAAUAUCGUGGAGAACCCGCCAAAACCAUUCCAUCCCAGAGUCCUGGACCACCGUCAGAGACAAUCUCGCGCCCCUGCCAGUCGUCGACGGCACGUACGCCGUCUACGAAGGCAUUCCAAACAUGUGGACCAACACGACGGUGCAGGACCACCCGGCCAUGGCGGGCAUCUUCGGCCUCCUCCCGCCGCCGGCCUCUGGCCCGCCGUUGAACCGCACGGUGCUCGAGGAGACGGCGGCUCGCAUAUGGGGCCUGUGGGACCUGGACGAGUCCUUUGGGUGGGACUUUCCCAUGCUCGCAAUGAACAGCCUGCGCCUGGGCGACGUGCGGCGCGCGGUUGAAUACCUUCUCCAUCCGAAGUUUCAGUUCGACGACGCAGGGUAUCCCAUUGGUGGGGCGAGGGUGCCGACGCCGUACUUCCCGAGCUCGAGUAGCUUGCUGCUGGCCAUGGCCAUGAUGGCCGGAGGAUGGGAUGGUGGGGAGGGGCCUCACUUCCCCAGCGGGUGGGAUAUCGCGGUCGAAGGCUUCGUUCCUGGACUGUAG